AUGGCUAGCACCACCAUCAACAAACUUCCCAAAGGGCCCCUCUACGAGCUGGACCCAGAGGGCGAUGUAUUCCUCGUCGUCUACAACGUCCCUGCUUCUCUCCCUGACAAUUUGGACCAUCUUCAUCCGACUGUUUUGUCCGGUAGCCUUCCCCUGUUCGGCGAGUACAAGUCGGUCGUCAAGCUUCGUGUCUCGCAGAAGACGCUCAGCCUAUCUAGCAACUACUACGCCGACAUCUUCAAGAACCCCGUCAUGGCAGCAAACCAGACUGGCGUUCAAGGUCACCUCCGCUUGCCCAUUAUGCAUGACAACGCUGGUGGACUCGCCUUCCUGAUCGUCAUGCUCAUCGCCCACCACCGCACGCGCCAGAUCCCCCGCCGCCUCACGAUGGACAUGCUGCUCGAGGUUGCCCUUCUGACCGACUACUACAAGUGUCAUGGUCCGAUGGCCAUCUGGGCAAAGACCUGGACUCAAGCGCUCACAGGCACGCCCCAAGCCCUGCAGACUCCCGCUGACACCGCCUCAUGCAUCGUGGAGUGGGUGUACAUCGCGUACGUCUUCCAUGACCGCGAGCUUUUCAGUGAGGUCACUAGGACCGCAAUCGAGACCCAGACGGGCUUGGUCCAGACUGAUCUACCCAUUCCGGCCGUUAUCAUAAAUCGCCUCAACCAGGCCCGCUUCGACUACCUCAACACCCUAGCUACCCAGCUCAAUCACCUCCGCAAUGCAGUUAUCAAUGGCUGCUACCAAGCCGACACUUCCGCCCGCCACACGCUGUGCACCCACCUCGUCUACGGCCGCUUCGUGAUGACCGUGACGCGCCUCGGACUCUAUUCGUUCCCCGUCGCCCCCUUCAUCGGCCUGCGGAUCCAGGAUCUCGUCGAGAGCCUCAAGCAUGUGCAGGAUUCGCCGGGACCGGCGGAGAAAGGGGAUCCCACCGGUAAAGUCCAUGGCUUCUGUCGGCUUUCUGCGCGUGUCGCAUGUAUGCUUGAUCUGGUGGAUGAGCCUGUUGGUUUGGAGAUCGAUGAUGAUGCUUUUCCGAUCUCGGCUCGUGACUUUUAG